ACAUACAAACAAAAACAAGCACAUCAACAAUUAUAAAAUACAAUUAAUUGAAAAUAUUAAUGCAAAAUAAAGUAUUAUUGUUUAAAGAAAAAAGUAAGUAAACUAUUAUUAUUACUUAGAGAUGUAUGAAGUCUCUAAAUGUUGAAUUACAAAAAAAAAACAAACAGAUACAAAAAGAAAUCUAAAAUUACUUAGAGGUGUAAAUAUCUCUAAAUGUCAGAACUAAAUGAUUUUUAUCAAAUUAUCCUUAGAGAUGUAAAGAGUCUCUAAGAGUCAAAAAUUCAGUAUAAUUAAAACAUUCAUCAGGAUAAAAGAAACAUACGAGAACCGAAUGAGGUGUCUCUCUAAGACUAAUUUGAUAAAAGUCAUUUAGUUCUGACAUUUAGAGAUAUUUACACCUCUGGAUAAUUUCAGUUUUUUUUUGUAUCCCUUUUUUUAUUAUUAUUAUUUUAGUAAUUUUUUUGUAAUUGUAUUUUAUACUUAAUUGUUGAUGUGCUUGUUUUUGUUUGUAUGUAAAUUCCAUGUUGACGUGUAAAAGUGCCCUUGUGGCCUAUUUGCUGAAUAAAUGUUGAAGUUGAAGCAGACCAGUCUCCACAUGGCUUUAUUCCAGGUACGGCACCCCUCGCGACGAAAGCGCAAAUUUCCGUCGCGCAGUAGAAACACUGUGCCCCGCCUACUGUCAGAACAAGUCCAUCUGGCUGGCCUCCGAGAUCACCAUGGUGCCACCCAACAUCCUCAGCGAGCAUGGAGUGAAGCUGUCAAGGCUGCUGCAGCGGCCCGGGGAAUAUGUCCUGGUGUUCCCCGAAGCCCAUUCCUGCUCAAUAACUACUGGGUUCGGGAUAUCGGAGAGUGUAUACUUUGCAUCAAACGCUUGGCUGACGGAUGUGUUUAAACUGUUUCAAGAGCUGCGCAACAGCUGCGAGCCGACCAUGUUCUCCCUGGAGCAGCUCCUCCUGAACGGCAGCGCCGACUCCUCGGCCCCUCACCAGGUGUGCUCCGUGCUGGCCACGCUGCUCAGCGCCGAGCUGGAGCACCGCCGCGCCCUCGACCACAAGGGGCUCAAGGUGCAAGAACGUCCCCCAUCGUCGGCGCCGCUCAACACGUCGUACUUCCGCGCGUGGAACACUCGCGACCAAGACGAGUGCGAGUACUGCCGCUCCACCCUGUUCCUGUCCAAGGUUAGACAUCACUAAACGUAGCUCGCAGUAUCAACCCCCGCCGCCGCCGGUCACGUAGUCCGCGCGUGGAACACUCGCGACCAAGACGAGUGCGAGUACUGCCGCUCCACCCUGUUCCUGUCCAAGGUUAGACAUCACUAAACGUAGCUCGCAGUAUCACACCCCGCCACCGCCGGUCACGUAGUCCGCGCGUGGAACACUCGCGACCAAGACGAGUGCGAGUUCUACCGCUACACGCUGUUCCUGUCCAAGGUUAGAAAUCACUAAACGUAGUUCGCAGUAUCAACCCCCGCCGCCGCCGGUCACGUAGUCCGCGCGUGGAACACUCGCGACCAAGUCGAGUGCGAGUUCUACCGCUACACGCAGUUCCUGUCCAAGGUUAGACAUCACUAAACGUAGCUCGCAGUAUCAACCCCCGCCGCCGCCGGUCACGUAGUCCGCGCGUGGAACACUCGCGACCAAGUCGAGUGCGAGUUCUGCCGCUCCACCCUGUUCCUGUCCAAGGUUAGACAUCACUAAACGUAGCUCUCAGUAUCACACCCCGCCACCGCCGGUCACGUAGUCCGCGCGUGGAACACUCGCGACCAAGUCGAGUGCGAGUUCUACCGCUACACGCAGUUCCUGUCCAAGGUUAGACAUCACUAAACGUAGCUCUCAGUAUCAUUCCCCGCCACCGCCGGUCACGUAGUCCGCGCGUGGAACACUCGCUACCAAGACGAGUGCGAGUACUGCCGCUCCACCCUGUUCCUGUCCAAGGUUAGACAUCACUAAACGUAGCUCUCAGUAUCACACCCCGCCACCGCCGGUCACGUAUUCCGCGGCCUUAUAGCCAUGCACUUAUAAUCAUUUUCUCAAGUUCCGCGCGUACAGGACAACACUCGUCUUGUUAACACAUUACGUAACUAUGUCGAAAGUUUAAAGGGCCAUAUUUACUGUAAAACGUUGUACGAUACAUGUGAGAAUUUCCUAUUUUUCGCCCUUGUAUCGUAAUGUACAGUCGCCAUCAGAUAUAUCGGAGCGGUCGAGGUGCUCAAAAAUAUCUGAACACGCACUUUUAACGCCUUGAUAAUAGACGUGUGUUCAGAUAUUUGGCUGUUAUUUGGGUUAGUAAAUAUUUCAUAGAAAGUUUAUAAUAUGCGUGUAGAUAAAAUAGUGUACGUAACUGUACAUAAUUAGGCAUUAAAACACUCGUGUGAUCUUUUUAAGAAACUCACUUCGUUCGUUUCUUAAACCCACACUCGCGUAUUUUAAUGCCUUUUAUUAUGUAGCAGUUACCAUAACUACGAUUACAACCCUUUAACUUUUCGACAUAGUUACAUAAUGUGUUAAUUUACGCACUAGUGCGGAAAAGUAGCAGCAUGUGUACUGUAAUAGUACAUUGUGCAACGAGGGGGGAAAGUGAAAUUUUGGACACGAGGGUGAUAAUCUAAGACUCGAGUUUGCAAUAUUCUUACCCCCGGAGCUACUUUAUAGCACUAGUGCGAAAAUUACCAUAUUACGCUAGGGAGUUAUAGCUUUUUCUUCACAAUCCAUCAUUCUGAAAUCCUGCGUCGUUCUGGCCUCUAUGGUAUGGAGGCUCUACUAAUGCAGCGACAGCUAGGGUGGUGUGGACAUGUCCUCCGUAUGGAUGACCGCCGGUUGCCCAAAACCGUAUUCUACUCUGAAUUGGUGGAAGGCAAACGCAAGCACGGCGGUCAGCAUCUGCGUUACAAGGACGUGCUCAAACGACACCUGAAUGCUUGCAACAUCAACCCUGAGCGCUGGGAGGAGCUUGCUGCAGACAGAGCAUCUUGGCGGUCCACCAUUUUUAACCACAUCAAAUCGUUUGAGGAAAACCGCCUCAAUGCCUUAGAUACCAAACGCCAACAACGUAAAGAGAGACCGAAGCCCUCUUACACGUAUACAUACAACGCGUCUGGCCAACUCUAUUGUAACACCUGUAAAAGAGUCUUUAAGACCAAGUUCGGCCUGGCCAGCCACAUUAGGGCCCAUAAUCGGCGUAAUCCGUAAUUGCUGAGGUCGCCGUCAUCGAAAUCGAUGAGGAGGACUAUAUAUGAAAUAAGAUCUUUUUCGAGCAAGUGUGAUGAAAAUAACUAUUAUUGUAUAGGUGACCGGGCUCACGGGCCGCAAGUCCGCCGUGUGCCCCGAGCACGCGCUCCGCCUGCUGGAGACCAGGAAGCACAAGAACGUGGAUCUGCACACGCUCGAGUUCCUCUCGUCGUUCACCACGCCCGCGCUCGAGGAGAUGCUGGAGCGGCUCGACGCGCGCACCGCCGGCGACCAGAGCGCCCACGCGGACCCCGAGUAGAGGUCAGUCAUAUUCACAUUUAUUUUACGAGGGGGGUGGGGUUAGGGUCGGCAACGCGCAUGUAACUCCUCUGGAGUUGCAGGUGUACAUAGGCCACGGAGACUGCUUACCAUCAGGCAGGCCGUAUGCUUGUUUGCCACCGACGUAGUAUAAAAAAAAAGCAUACAUUGUCAUUUUUUUUUUUAAUAUUAUAGGACAUUACUACACAAAUUCCGAAAAACUCAUUGGUACGAGCCAGGAUUUGAACCCGCGACCUCCGGAUUGAAAGUCGGACGUCAUAUCCACUCGGCCACCACCGCUUCCUUAUGUACGAAAUAUCAUUUUUAAAUAGUAUUUAUAAAUACUUAUAUAUUAUAUAUAUCGUUGUCUAAGUACCUUCAACACAAGCCUUAUUGAGCUUACUGUGGGACUUAGUUAAUUUGCUUUUCGGUGAAGGAAAUCAUCUUGAGGAAACCUGCAUACAUCUGCGAAGAAAUUCAAAGGUGUAUGUGAAGUCCCCAAUCCGCAUUGGGCUAGCGUGGGGACUAUAGCCCGAGCCCUCUCGCGUAUGAGAGGAGGCCUGUGCCCAGCAGUGGGACGUAUAUAGGCUGAAUUAUUAUUAUUUUAUUAACAUAAAACAAUAAAUUGUGCCUAAUAAUAACACAGGUAAGGAGUAAAUAAUAAAAAUCUGUAGAAAUAAGAAAUAAAAUAUCAAUAUUAAUUCAUGUCAAAAAUUUAUUGGUUUUUUAAAGCUAUUCAGUCAGAAGUCCAGUUACGGAAAAGUAGACCUUCUGGAUUAAGAAAGAUUUCAAUUUUGAGACAAAUCCGAGAUAGCUAGGUGUGUUUUUUAUACAUGUUAUGUAACCCUCUUCAAUUCUCAGUCUAAAGUGAAGUCAUUAGUAAAUAGUACAUUGUGCAACGAGGGGGGUAAGUGAAAUUUUGUACGAACUAAUUCGAUAAUAUCGAGCCUUUUCUAAAAACCCCAAAUUAGGUUGCGUUGUUUUAUCACAGAGUUCCUAUGUCCACCUCUUGUCUCCAUCAUCAGAUCAGCUCGAUGGUACCAUAAUAUUGCAUUGUCACCCGAGUUACAUAUGUAUGCAAAAUUUCAGCUCAAUCGGAAACCGGGAAGUUGGUCAAAUUUAACUUGCAAGAUUUGUUUACAGACAACGGUCAGGUGAAAGUAAAUAAAAGCUUGUUAAAAUUAUGUCUAUUUAAAAAAAUUGCGAUAUUUUCUUUUAGACGAAACCAGUGCAUCCACUCAAAAUGCCUCAGGAGCACACUGCAGCCGUCGACAGGAACGGCCGGAGCCCCUUCACUGAUGUUUCCAGGCCGAAUAGGGCUUACGAUUCCGGGAUCCCGCGCAUUUAGUCCCACUUGUUGUGGGAUUCCGAUCCCGCGGGAUUCGGGAUGUAGUUUGUAUCGUCAGCCUCCCAUCUUACAAGCCGGGAGAUAACGUUGCCAUUUUUUUAAACUGCGCACCGCAUAAGGUACCUACGCCAAAGGGUACUUAAACUGGCCUACUUCCAAAAUGGUUUGCUAUUGUGAAAUCAGUCAAACAAGUUCGUUAAUAGAAAAAAGCGCGGAUUUCAAAUUGUCUAUGGGACGAUAACAUUUCGCGCAUACAUUUUUUAAAUAUGCCACUUUUUUUCUACUGACUGAAAUUGCUUGACAGACCAUAAGUGUGAAUUUUGCGUCCGUAUUCGCUAGUGUCAUAGACAAAACUACAAGUUCACGUAAAAUAUAAGCAAAAUAAAAACGGGCCUUAUUUGGAGCAGGUACCUUAUUUUUGAUGAUUUUAACAAACGUGCGUUUUGAAUAUUUAGAAAAUAAUACUUUUUGUUUAAAUGAAAUUAAUUUAGUUUUCAUUUAUAAUGGUAAUUUGUAAAAGAGGGGUCCUCUAUUAAUAACAUCACACGAGGGGGAGGGAGGGGUACAAAAAUGUGACAGGGGGGGGGACAUACCUUAUUUUUGAUGAUUUUAACAAACGUGCGUUUGAAGAAUAUUUAGAAAAUAAUACUUUUUGUUUAAAUUAAAUUAAUUUAGUUUUCAUUUAUAAUGUUAUUUUUUAAAAUAGGGGUCCUCCAUUAAUAACAUCACACGAGGGGGAGGGAGGGGUACAAAAAAUGUGACAUGUGACAUGGGGGGAGUGAACAGCUUUGUGACGUCACUUAACUUCACAUAUAAACAAAAAUUGUACAGCUAAAUAACUAGUUUUUGCAACGAUAUAUAGUUUUAUUGCGUGACAUUUUAUUCCUCAUCGGUUUCGUGUCAUAAAAUUUCUAAAUUGAUAUUAAUAAAAAUAUUUUUUUAUUAAAAUAAUACUUCAUUCUAAUUGCUUAUUUCAGUUAUUUCGUUAAAGAGAUUGACAAAUAUGUGACGACACACCAGGGGGGAGGGUUGCCUAAUGUGACCAGGUGUAACAAGGAGGCAAAAAUUCAUGCGAUGUAAUAAACUGAUGACCCCAGACGUGUAAGAAAAAAAAAACAAAAAUAAUGAUACAAAUUGUAUGGCAUCGUACUUGUGGGCCAGCUUCGUAUAUGGCGGGGUUUAACACUAACCCCCUUAUUCAUAAACGUGUACUAAAGUUACGAUGCCGCUGAUCAUCGUUCGUCCCUUUCCGACGUAUUGGUAUGAUGGAAAGGGACAAACGAUGAUCAGCGGCAUCGUAACUUUAGUACACGUUGAUGAAUAAGGGGGUUCAUGAAUAAAAGGAGUUCAUAAAAUGAACCGGGGGCUUUACGUCCAAAGCUUUAAAAGGGAUAGUAAUAGUGCAAUUUGCCGCCAGGGGCAGCACUAGCACAUACCGUAAACCAUAGAGUAACAUACACUACCAUCACAAAGUUUAAUACCAAACACGGAAUAUGCAUAUUUGCAUUUUUCAUUUAAUUUUUUUUUUUACGAAAAUUCUACUUUGCAGUAGGUACCUACAAUCCGAAAAAUAAAGCGUUAAACGAUUUAUUAAUCAGAAUUUAUUAAAAAAGACAUAAGGUAGAAGUACUAGUGCUCGACACUGCACUAGUCACCGACAUGGGCACUUUAUUUCAUGGAAAUAUAGGUUAAAUUUGAACAACGAAGAUUUUUCUGUAUUCGAUCUUAAUCCUUGUCACUUUGACAUAAAGUGCCCAAGUCGAGUACUAGUGCAGCGUCGAGCACUAGUACUUCUACCUUAUAUAUAUAAUAAUAAAAAAAAAAUCAUAGUUCCUCAUCGAAAAAUCCUCGACGCUUUUCCACUACAGAGUAAUCAUUUAUGAUACUAAUAAGCUCCAAGGGUAAGGGUGAGGUUAAGGGUUUGUCCAAUGGCUAAGGUCACCCUGUAUACUAUGCAUUAAACAGUUUAUAGACAAGUUUUCGCAGAUCAUUCGUUACAAAUAAAUAUGACAUUGAUGUAUUACGGCGGUUGAUUUACAGUUUGUGCUAGUGGCGCCUACGCAGAAUUUUGCGUAACCUAUUCCGCGAAAUCUACUUUUUUUCAAUGUUGUAAAUGUGUAACAUUAAGUUAAUUUAAGUUUAGUAAUGUAAAACGUAAGAUAGCGAAAAACAUGAACCAUAGCGUAACAAGGGUCGUCAGUACUGAACUAUCUACAGUGGACUGUACAUAGUUUAGUACGUGGAUAAUACUGAAAGUUUCUGGAAUGAGCCAUUUAGAGGUCACGCAAUGAAAAUCUUGAAAAUAUAACUUGUUUGGAAAUUGUAUAUUUUUAGAUACAAUUUGUUCGGUGAUGAUUUGUAUUUUUGGAAUGCUGUUUGAAAAUUAUAUGUCAGGGAUUUUAUAAAUAUUAAAAAAAAAGAUUUCAGGAGCUUUCAGUAUGACCUAAGUACAAGUGAUUACAAUCACGUCUAAAAAUAUCGAUAUGUGUAAAGUGCCAAUAAUAGUAUAGACGAACUUGUUGGCCAUAUAUUAAGGUAGUGUAUACAUAUAUUUGGCACUUUGUCCGUAUCGUCAUUUUGAGACGUGACUGUACAGAUAUUAACACAUUCAGUGCUAGCGCAAGCCGAUAAGGUAGUAAUAUCUUUAGGUAUUUAAAUAAAAGUAAACAAAAUCUACCCUCAAAUGGCUCCUCAAGCCAGUAGAGGGUAGAUGAAAACAUUACAUGAUCAAAUAAUGUAGGUUAAAGUCAGAUCGUUCAGUGACAGAUCCAGGCGGUUUUGUAUUUGGUUGGUUAACCAAUAAAUGUUAUAACUACCCGAAAAUGUAUAAAUGAUUUGUUUAAUUUUAUUUAAAUACCUAAAGAUACAGAGUUAUAGCGAAAAACGCCUGCGAACAGAGAACCCGCCUAGCGCGUCGUUGGAAGUGAAUGUGUUAAAAACGAUUACAUAAUAAUAUUAAUUAUGAAUAACCCACCAUUAAUAUACCUCGUUUUUUUGCAUUAGAAAAAGGAUAAACAAUCUUGACGUGCCUUUUUAAUAAAAAAACGUUUAAAAAAAUAGUCUUCUUGGUGUGCCAUCAUCUCACGUCGGCGCCCAUCUCUCGGAAUUUACUUAUAUAUAGGUACUUAUGAAACCAAAUUAAUGUAAAUGAUAAUAAAAUAUAUAUAAGUAAAUGUUUCGACGACCGGUCUGGCCUAGUGGGUAGUGACCCUGCCUACGAAGCUGAUGGUCCCGGGUUCAAAUCCUGGUAAGGGCAUUUAUUCGUGUGAUGAGCAUGGAUAUUUGUUCCUGAGUCAUGGGUGUUUUCUAUGUAUUUAAGUAUUUAUAAAUAUUUAUAUAUUAUAUAUAUCGUUGUCUAAGUACCCUCAACGCAAGCCUUAUUGAGCUUACUGUGGGACUUAGUCAAUUUGUGUAAUAAUGUCCUAUAAUAUUUAUUUAUUUAUUAUUUAUUUACAUAAUGGAUAUAUACCGAGGUGUUACUAUAAUUAGGUUAAAUCUAAAAUAGGCCCUUGAGGCAUUGUGCAAUCAAGGUAAUAAAUAUCGAUACGGACAAAGUAACAAAAAUAUGUACACACUACCUUAAUGUAUUGGCAUUAAGGUCGCGUAUUGAAUGUAGUUUUAAGUUGCCGCUGUUGCCCAUAAAGUCGUGCAUACAUAUUUUUGGCACUUUGUCCGUAUCGAUAUUUAACACAUUCACUGCAGGGGACCCACCUGGUGGGCGCUCGUGAACUUUGUUCAGAUGCCGGACAACCCGCUGGGCGGGUUGUUUUGUACGCAGCUAUAGACCACCGGUUUCUGGGGUAGUGCGCCGUUUUUUGUCUGGCAGUGAAUGUGUUGACUUUACCAAGGAUGCUGGCGGCGUUUCCAUCUGCAUAUAAAUUGUUACAUACUUCAUGUAAAUUAUUUUUCAAGUUUUUUUUUAUAGACACGUCAGGAUUGUUUACUUUCAAUGCUAAAAGACGGGGUGACGUGUAUGCGCCCGCGCCGCCCCCCACCUCAGUAAUAAACUAGCUUCGCUAUAUACCGGUCGUUGGUCAUUUCGCUCCCCAAGUACUUCCCACUGGCGACGAACGGACGUUACCUUGCGCGUGUGUGUGGUUAUUAUUUAAAAAAUCUGUUUUUAAAUCAUGUCAAAUCUCCUCGGAAGUUUAACCGCGUUUGACCACAAUUCCCAGGAAUGGGAGAUUUUUAAAAGCAGAUUAGUGCAAUAUAUUAAGUUAAAUGCGGUAACGGCGGACAAUGAGUGUGCUUUACUUUUAACUCAUUUAAGUGACGAGACAUACCGACUGGUAAGGAACUUAGUGCAUCCGAAGAAAGUCGAGGAUUCUAAGUUCGAGGAGCUAGUAGCGGUGUUAGAUAAACAAUUAGCACCAAAACGUUGUAUUUUCGUCGAACGGGCGAAAUUUUACG